CCCGCUGGCCCCACAAUGGGCGACAUGCCUGGGAAAUCUUCAGUGGCAUGUCAGGUGAGAGCCUGGCUGUCUGGAGCCCUCCAGGAAGUGACCCUGGGACCGGAGGGGACACUUGAGUGAUUGUGCCACACAAUGGACAAAAGGAGGCUGGUAUUUCCAGAGCCCCUUCGGCAGACUCCCCAACCAGCUCCUUCCACAAGCCCUGGGCUGGGCUGGGCUAUAAAGCUGAGGUCCUGGGCUUGGGGACUCAGGAUGCUAAUGCUGGACAGGCAUGGACAUGAGGCCAGACCUGCUGAGCUUGGUGCUGCUCUGGGCGUCAGUAACUCAGGCAGAGGUCCUAGUACAGCCUGACUUUGAUGCCAAAAAGUUUUCUGGCCUCUGGCAUGUGGUCUCCAUGGUGUCCGACUGCAAGGUCUUCCUAAAAAAUAAGGAUCACCUGCUGAUGUCUACUGUGGACGUCAAUGCCACUGUGAAGGGGGACCUGGAAGUGCACAUAGAGCUUCCCCGGAGGGAUGGCUGCAAACGGAUGGACGUCCAGUAUCUGAAAGUGGGCUCUGAGGGACACUUCAAGGUCCCAGCCCUGGGCUACCUGGACGUGCGUGUGGCGGACACAGAUUACAGCUCGUUCGCAGUGAUUUACAUCUACAAGGAGCUGGAGGGGGCGCUCAGCACCAUGGUGCAGCUCUACAGCCGCACCCAGGACGCGACCCUCCAGGCGCUGCAGGCCUUUGAGAACUUCUAUCCCACGCUGGGUCUCCAGGCUGAUAUGGUGGUUAGGCCACCCGGAUCAGAUGUGUGCUCUCUGGGGCAGUGGAGCACCCUGAUGCCUCUGGAGUCAAGUCCUAGCCCUACACAGGUGGGGCACAUGGUUGAUUCUGAAGCAGCAAAUCUCACUACACAGGAAGCUCAGUGAGACCUGCAGCCCUUGGAGGCUACCUUGGGCCACCCCUCAUCCUCCUGCCUCCCCCACCCCUCCAAUAAACAGAUUCUGCAGCC